AUGCAAAACCAGGCCACGAUUGAAACAGAUUUUUUAUUUUUAAAAGAAAGAGUGAAGGGCUUUAACAAGUAUUUAAAUCGGCUGAAGAAUGCUAAAAAAACAAUAGAUAAUGAACUGCCUUAUAGUUAUAGACAGAGCGUGCCAAAAUUUAAAUCGCCUUUGAAGGUUAUUCACACAGACUACUCAUAUAAGAAUGUAAUAUUAUAUGGAAGACUCUGUGAUAUUGCACAAACUAAAAGCCCUUAUCGGCAUGAAAAUCUGACGCCUGGACCUCGAUCUUUAAAUCUUUCAACUAGGAAAAAUGAAGCUAAAAGGGUUUAUACACAGAAUAAUCUCCUCGCUAAAAGAUUGGUGGGCACAGAAGCAUCACUAUCAAUAAAGCAGUUAGAAAAAGAUUACAAAACUUCUCAAAGGUACCGUUCGCAAAUAUCAAAAAGCAAAAAAUUGGGCCAAAUAAAAAAGCUGCUUUUCCAGUCUCCAAGCCUAUCUGACAGAUCUCAUCACCUAUCUACAUCUCUGCAAGAUAUUAGGAAAAAAUUUUCAUAA